AUGGACAGAAGCUCCCACGAAUACCACGACCAUAUCUCCAACAUCAUAAAGGCUCCCAGCGUUAUUCAUGGCGCCCCUCAGUACCCAAACGUCCACAAGGCCUUCAACCACGACCACAGAGUCUACUUCCAGAGUCGGCUGCAGCAAGCCAAGCCCAGGCCCAAGAAGCGGGUCCAGUUGACGGAUCUCGCUGGUCGUGCGAUUGUGGAGUACGAGGUGGACGUUGAUGAGAGUUUUGACUCGGAAGCUGAUGGGUUCGUCCAGCAGAAGCAGAAGAACUUCGAGCUCUGCAAAUGGAAGACUUUCAGGAUGUACUGA